CCGCGCACGUCAUGCAUGCGGGCACCUAGCGGCUGCACGCGCGCGGGCCUCAUGGGCACCGUGCUGAGCUUCAGCCCGCGCGAGCGGCGCCCGGCCGCCGCCGCGCCCCCGCCGGAUCGCCAGGCGCUCGCCUACUCCUACGAGCGGCUCAACAACGCCAAGAACCGCGAGAAUCGCGACGCGCCCCGCGACGAGCGCCGCGCCACUCUCGACGAUGCCGCCAAGAUCAUCUCAGAAAAGACUGCGCUCGAGAAGAAUCUCAAGAAGCACUCGCUGUUCAUAAACGCGCUCUCCUGGAAGAGGUUCUCGACGGCGAACAACAACAAGAAGAAGUUAGAAUGCAAGAGCAAGAGCGUAGCGACGUUCCGCGCGCCACUGGCGGACAACGCCGCGCUGGACCGCAACAAGAACGUGAGCGUGGGGGGCGUGCUGGGCGGCGUGCCGGGCGCGCUGUACCGGCCCGCGGCCGCGCCGCUGCCGCCGCCGGCCGACGUGGUCCGCGCCAACGCGCUCAACAACAACGUGUGUUAUUCGGAGAAGCUGCCCACGUCGGCGGUGGGCCCGGCGGUGGCGCCGCGGAAGACCGUCAUCCAGGCGUCUACGUCGGAGCUGCUCAAGUGCCUGGGCAUGUUCCUGCACACGCGCUGUCACCGGCUGCGGGACUUCCAGGCGGGCGACGCCGUCAUGUGGCUGCGUACCGUGGACCGCUCGCUGCUGCUGCAGGGCUGGCAGGACGUGGCGUUCAUCAACCCCGCGAACGUGGUGUUCGUGUACAUGUUGGUGCGCGAGCUGGUGGACGGCGAGCGCAUCGGGCGGCCGCAGGAGCUGCAGGCGGUCGUCCUCACCUGCCUCUACCUCUCCUACUCCUACAUGGGCAACGAGAUCUCCUACCCGCUCAAACCCUUCCUUGUCGAGGACUCCAAAGACAAAUUCUGGGAUAGAUGCCUGCUAAUAGUCGACAGGCUGUCCUUCAACAUGCUAAGGAUUAAUUCAGAACCUGGGUUUUUUACUGAAGUGUUCACGGAGCUAAAGGCUUGUGGGACAGCGGAGUCGCCGCCGCCCGCACCGGUCCACCCGGCGCCCGCGCCUCCGCCGCACGCGCUAACGCCUGCCUGACACACGGAGGUGGCCGUCCUCCGACUGGCGCUCACUGACCGCCCCAGCAGGGUCUGAUGUCGGCUUUACUUCACCCACAGUCUUGGUCAAUCGUCGUAUAUAUAAAAGUGAUCUAAUUAUUCGAAAUUAGAGUUGGUAACUUGAAGAUGGAAACGAAAUAAUUAUUAAUAAUGAUUGAAAUACUGAAGGUUACAUUAUACGAUCUCAAUUUUUUGACAUGUCAUCAAUCAAUCAGUCAGUACAUUCGAUUACAUAACAAGUACCUACUUAUAUAAGUAAUUAAAUACUGAAAGUAUACCAAAAGGUGUAAGUAAUUCAUAUUAGAUAUAAUGACUUGGGAAAACGGAUGAGAAUGAAGACACUUACCCAUUUACUUUGCUCAAUAUUUCGUCAGCGUAUGGACCAGAAGACAGUCGGUUGACCAAGACUUUAGCCGCAAUAGUGCAAGGCAGGACUACUUGCGAGUACGAGACACAGCUUCUGCAAUCGAUAAGCAGAACCUUCGACGGUCUUCGUCUAGAUAAUGUGAUAAGUGUGUAGGGGAUGUUUUGUCCAGAUCAGUGUGUAUUGUCAGCACUUACACCAAUAAUGUGAAACAAUCCAGCCAUUACAGAGUUGACGAAUUCGAUGGCGGUCGAAUGCUAUUCAAACUCGCGCGUAACGGCCACAGGUUGAGAACGUAACUCGCUACCUCUUGCCAUAACUCGUUCAAGCACAGUGCUGCCACCAUUUUUCUGCAGACGGUAAAUAUAGGAAAGAAUUUUAAAAAGAUGUGUUUGUUUACAUCAAGUGAUAGAUUAGGCAAUUUAUGGCAGAAAAAUACUGGUAGCUUUGUUUAUCAAAAUAAAUAAAUGCAACGCCCACUUUGUCGUUCGCGGCAUAAAAUAACCAUGAUAUUAAUAGUCAGUACUGCAAUUUAUGUAUGUCUGUAAUGUUCUCGUAGGUAAUUGUCUGGUAUGUUACUUUCUUAAGCUGCUGAUGCGACAGCGACGGUUAGUCCAGUACAGCGGUUAGUUAGUAAGAUAAGCGUUUCGUAAUUGUAGUGAAUUGAUCGUAUUUGCCAUUAUAGUUAGAUGAUACUAGUAAAAUGUCUGGCAGGCGGGAGGAUGCAAUACAGCUCCGUGAAUCGUGUUCCGGUAAACCCUUCUAUGAAGUGUACGUAUUAUGAUAUGACCGGCUUAAAGCUCGGGAUGACUAUUUGAGGCAAUGAAGUAUAUUUAUAAUAACAAAUAGGUCAAAUUUUGCGAACGAAUAAGCGUUUUGUACAGUAAUAUUGAAUAAUACAUUAAGUUAUAAUGUUAGUCUAGAAAAAGGAGGGCCAAGCGAACGUGGCCCGAGGCGGCACUCGGCACUCCUGAGGCCGGCCGACAGCCGCACCAGUUACUCACUCGUCCGAUUUUUCUAGCUCACGCUAUAAAGAUGUCAUUGGAGAUUUAUCAAGGGCUUUUAGCCAAUCUCGUCUUAAAUUACGGUUUUUAAUGAUCUAUAAGGAUAACUAGAUAGGUUUUCGAUAAAAAUCUGUUUAAAGUGAUUUAAAUCUGAAAAUAUUCAGCACUGUUUUGCCACGUUAAAUGAUUGAGCUGGUUUUUGAAUUUUUAGAAAAGCUAACGCACGUAACAUUUAAAGUGAAUCUUCAGGUUAAAAAAUAUUAUGUUCAAGAUAAGGAGGUAAGGGUCGUUGUUAACUGACUACCUCUAAGUCUGUUGUGGUGACUUUGGCUUAUAUUUACCAAUUUUUUAUUCUCGUCGCGAUUUGUAAGCCAAUGAUGGAUCGGGUGACCAGACUGACCUUUCCCCUCAUUAUAAAUUAAUGCAUAGUAUUGCCAGUACCAUUGUUUCGGCUCUUCACCGAGUGCCGUAGAUAAGUUAAAUUAAAUUGUUUAGUGGACUGAAUGUCAUGAUGAUGUCAGAAUAAUGAGUAUUUAAUAAUAAUAUAAUAUAAUAAAAGGGAGUCUCAUAAAAAAAAAAAACGUUCCAAGUCAUUACGAUUAGGUGAAAAUGUAGAUGUCUGUGAUGUUUAUUGAACUUUAGCUUUGUGUUUGUGAUAAUGUUUCUGUUUGUUAUUUGUGUUUGUCACUAAUUGUUAUAAUUAUGAUUAGCCAUAUUAUUUAAAAUGUGAUUACAAGGUUAAGCCAGCAAUAACUUAUUACUUUCCACUAAACGAUAUUAUUAUUAAAAAAAAUAUUUUGACUAAGCUCUGUUUAAUUUCUAUCUGUAAUUGACCAUGAUAUUGAAGCCGUCUGUAUGUCUACUGUUAACAUAGUGAAAUUUUAAAUUAUCUCUCUUGUAAUAAAAGGAGAAAAGUCAAACAUACUAUUUGUUCUAGUUAUUUUAUUUUUGUAAGUCAAACAAAAUUACUUAUUUUUGGAUUCUAUAUCGAGCACCCUUAAUUUAAUCCUGUGUUCUUCAUUAUCACAUAUAGUGUUCCACGUAGUAAAUGUACAUUCCAAUUACUAAUAUUUAAGUCAGUUAAGGCCAGAUUAGUUUAAAUUCGUGUAUCUAUGAUCUCUCAACACCUUGGACUAACUAAAGUACUUACUUGUACGUCAUUUACUACUUUAACCCUUUCACGGACAGAGACCAGGUCAUUGGUGGUUCAUAAUAGGUAGUAUGUUACCUUGGACUCGGAACGUCCGUAGACGUUCUGUCCUUGAAAGUGUUAAGUAAGUAUAGUAUUUAGUCCAAGCAUACCAUAACCAUUGAUAUUGAUUUGGAAGUGUGGAUGUGCACAGCAUAAUCGAAGGUAUAACUGGGCAGAUACCUCUUCUAAACAUAAUUCAUGUAACUCACGUUUGUUAAUUAAUCUAUUGUAAA